CAUCGCAAUCACGAUACAUGCGCCAGUAAUUAUCAUCUAAUUUGAAUAAUUAGUUGCGCAAUAAAAGAGUAUGCUCCUUACAUCAGGCCAAGUUUCCGUAGCCAUCUCCUCCUUCGUCGUUUUCUUAUUUACUUCUGCCCUUUUCCUGAGCGGUUACGUGAUCCAGCAACAGACUGUUCGAGAUAUCAGGGCUGCAAUAAGACCGCAACCUACACCGACGCAGGCGCGCAUGUACCUCCCUACGCAGUUUGCGUCGAAACCUACACCAGCACAGCGAGAAGGAGGGGAGGAGGCUGUGAUCAAUAUCAAGCAUGAUGGAGAUCCGAGAUAUUUUGAUGAGGCCGCUAGUUCAGAGGAUCAGAACACACCCGCAACAAGGAGGAGGAAGGGGAAAGGAACAAACAAAAAACAAUCCGAAGACGUCGUGCGGGGGGAUGAAGCGGAUCAGAAGCCGAUGAUGAAGAUGGAGGAAGUUCGGCCGGUGCAAGCAGAUAAUCUUUAUGAUCUAGCUCCGGGUUCUAAACCUAUCGGUGAGUCGGAGAAGUCGAGGGAGCAGAAACCGAUCAGUAGAGCGGAAAGGAGGAGGAGGAUUAAGGAGCAGAUCCUAGCUGCUGGUGAGGGCGAGGGCUUUAAAGGAUAUAGGAGACGGAUGUGGUAAAGGAAGGUUUGAUAUUAUAGGUGAGGGGGAUUUGAAAUGAAUAUGGCGAGCACCCGGAAUAGGCUCUGGCGUCUUGGGUAUACAGGUACGGAGUUGGUAUAAUGAUGGAAUGUUGUAUAUUAUGAUGAUGUAUUGUAUGACUGCCAUGGCCCAUCCAUAAAUGCGAAGAAGCUACGAGUUAAGGC